AUGGCGUCUUUCGCUUCUCGCCAGGCCCUCCGUGCCGCCACCCGUGCCGCACCAUCUCGAGGUGCCUUUUUCGCGUCUGCCUCCGUUGGAGCCUCCUCCCGUUCUGCUUUCCGUCAAGGUGCAGGUGCCGGCCGUCGCCACUACUCAUCUGAGGCCCCUAAACAGUCCUCGUCAAGCUCGCUCUGGGUUUGGCUUGGUGCUGGUGCCGUUGGUGCCGGUGCUGCUGCUUAUCUGUACAGCCAGGGCUCAGUCUCAACCAAGGUCACCACGCCAGGGCCGAAGGAAUACCAGGCUGUCUACAAUGAGAUUGCCAAGCUUCUCCAGGAGAAGGACGAGUAUGACGACGGCAGCUAUGGCCCGGUGCUGCUCCGUCUGGCCUGGCACGCGAGCGGUACCUAUGAUAAGGCCACAGGCACUGGUGGCAGCAACGGUGCCACCAUGCGUUUCGCCCCCGAGAGCCAGCACGAUGCAAACAACGGCCUGAUCAACGCCCGCGAUUUCCUUGAGCCGGUGCACGCAAAGUUCCCGUGGAUUAGCUACGCCGAUCUUUGGAUCAUUGGCGGUAUCGCUGCCAUCCAGGAGAUGUCGGGCCCCAAGGUGCCCUUCCGUCCUGGCCGCACCGACAAGGACUUCACCGGCUGCACACCGGAUGGCCGGCUGCCGGACGCCUCCCAGGGCUCAGACCACGUCCGCAACAUUUUCUACCGUAUGGGGUUCAACGACCAGGAGAUCGUGGCACUGCUUGGUGCACAUGCCGUCGGCCGCUGCCACAUCAAGAACAGCGGCUUCGACGGCCCCUGGACUUUCUCUCCUACCGUCCUGACCAACGACUUCUACAAGCUGCUGCUGGAGGCCAAGUGGGAGUGGAAGCGGUGGAAUGGCAACAAGCAGUAUGUCGACUCGGCAACGCACACUCUGAUGAUGCUGCCGACAGACAUGGCUCUGGUCACGGACAAGAAGUUCCGCCCUACGGUUGAGAAGUACGCCGCCGACAAUGCCGCUUUCUUCUCGGACUUUUCUGCAGCCGUCUCGAAGCUGUUUGAGCUUGGUGUGCCGUACGCCGCGGGCACUGAGGGGAAGCAUAUUGUCUUCAAGAACCUUGAAGAGUAA